AUGAAGGUUGGGGUCGUCGGCCUUGGCGCGAUCGGAUCGCUUUUCUUCAACCGUGUUCUCCAUCACAUCAACCCCAAGAACGUUGCGCGGAGCAAGGCCGAUCGAGCGAACCAGGUUUAUGCUCUCGUUAAGGACAGCCAGGUCCCCCACCUGAAGAAGGUGGCGAUUUUGGACCAACUUCGACACCCCAUUCUGGAAGUGCCGACGGACGUAUCACCGAACGCAGACGCGUUUCGCACGGACUUUGACCAAGAAGGGCGGUCGCUGGACGUACUGCUUGUCACGGUCAAAUCCACAGACACGUACGAGGUCGCGGCGCGUCUCAAAGCUGGCAGCGCCAUCAGCAAACACUCUUUACUGAUAUCUCUUCAAAACGGCCUCGGCAACGUCAAGAUUCUCAAGGACGUCCUUGAAACAGACAACGUCCUUCACGGCGUCACGUACAUGGGCGGUGUGUCUGUGAGCCCUGGGACUGUCAUCCAAGGAGGCGAUGGCAUGACGACGAUCCAGAACGCAGAGCAUCUGAGCGACUCUGUCCAAGACACGCUUGGUCGGUUCUGCCAGCUCUUGGCUGCCUCAGGAAUUCAGACCCAGCUCGUUCCGUCCAACGACCUCCAGUCCGUUGUAUGGACAAAGCUCAUGGUGAACGCAGGAAUCAAUCCUCUUGGCGCAAUCUUAAACGUCCCGAACAAGAGGGUGGUCGCCGGCGCAGACAACUUGGCUGUCGUCGAGGCCAUUGUAAACGAGGCGGCGGCCGUGGCCAAGGCGCAAGGAAUCUCUCUGAUCCUCAACAAUGCCACGCCAUUGGAAUUCACGGUGGCCGCCGCGGAAGCCACGGGGGCCAACUUUUGCUCGAUGUGCUUGGACAUCCAGCGCCACAAACCAACCGAGAUCGGAUCCAUCAACGACAUGAUUGUGUACUACGGCCAGCAAGCAGGCGUCCCGACUCCUCACAAUGCUUUCCUGACCAGCAUCGUCAAGGCACUGGAACGAUCCAAAACCAACACGCCCAUGUCGUCGUCCACAGGACAAAGCAUAUCAUAA